CGGCGUAAAGCUCCGGCGCCGGGAAGUCGCGAUUUAACCUUUCAAGAAACGCGCUCGCAGACAUCGACCCGCCUUCACUACGCUGCUUGUCAGUUACGAGCACCAGCCGUAGUAUGUCUGCUCCUGUAUACGAUGUUUCUUUCCAAGCCAACCAUGCAGGGCCGCGAGCUGCGGUGACUUACCGAGUGAUCUCAUCGCCAUCCUUGGACGAUACGCCAUGAUUCAGCCUUGCUAUUCGCUGUUCCUCGACCGAACAAGUGUCAGCAGCGGGAGAGUGAAAGAUGCAGUGCGGUAUCUGUGAGAAGGACUUUGGAGCGCGACGAAAAGCACACUGCGCAUCAUGCGCUCGAGCAGUGCUAUACAAGAGCAGGGUCGAACAGGCGAGUGCACUCUUGGAUCGAGAGAAGUGGCACACACACGUCGAAGCCAUCACUCGCCCUGGGAACGAUGGUGUCCUAGCAGCCCUGCCAGUUGAUGCGGACUGGGACAGCAUCACGACGGGCAUCAAAGCCCACAGCCUGGAGGGCGUGAGGAUAGAGCUUGCGGUGGCCGGAGAGAAGAUCAAGGGCAUCGCGGCGAAUGCGGACAGAUUGAGACAAACGAUCGAGUCCUACAAAGCCUCAGUCGAGAAGAAGAAGGCUUCCAAUCAACGUCGCCGGCAACAGCUGUCGCUUGAGCGGGAGCAGCUGGAAAAGCGGAAGCUUCGCGCGAGGGAAUCGGUGCAGGCGGCGGUCAUGAAAUCGAAUCAUCGGCUGGGCAAGCUGCAAAAGCGCGCUGCUGAUGCGAGAGAGCUGCUUUGCGGUGAAGUGGCAUCCUUGAGCGGACUCCACAGGAUCACCAGGGACGAUGGCAAGACCGAGUAUCACUUGGCUGGAGUGAUGGUGCCGGAUCUCCGAGACCUGAAUGGCAUCAACGGCAGGAUCCGCAGCGAAAUCAUAGACACCACGACGGCUUCCAAGCCCCUCGCCGAGACUCACGAGAUAGUGUCAGCUGCGUUCGACAACGUUUGUCGUCUCGUCGGAAUUGCCUGUCACUACUUAUCUGUUCGGCUGCCUUCGGAGGUAAUACUACCCCAUAACGACUUUCCACACGCCGCCGUUGUGCCCAGGGGCUCAUCGUACCAGUCCAACAACCCUCGCUAUCCGGUCUCCCUAUCAAGUCGAUCCUCAAGCCCUGUCGCAUCUCGCAUACUGCAACGGAGUGAUCUCUCACGGCCCCGGCUGCUGUGCCUCGACCGGCCUCUGCCACAACUGCAAAAGGAAGAGCCCAAGACAGCCAUGCUGUUUCUGGAAGCGGUGACGCUGCUGGCGUACGAUGUUGCGUGGUUGUGUCGCAGCCAAGGGAUGGAUGACACAAGUUCGUUUGCGGACAUUUGUGCCAUUGGCCAGAACCUACAUCACCUCUUCUACGGUAAGGAUGAGAAGAAACUAGCCAGGCCAUUACUCAUCAGAGCGCCAUCCUCAGCAACUACAAUCACCGGACCAUCCGCCACACCAGGUGCAGACGGAGUGCCGUCAUUCGGGCUAUACAGUCACGGCAGCGCUCACCACUCCCUGGCCGGACACCAGGGAGCUUCGCUCUUCACUUCCGACUCCUUUCCUGUUCGUCAGACCCGACUCACAGAUCAGCUCAAGUCGUAUCUACGCCAAGAGACGGCGCGGGCGGAAUGGCAUUUCAUCGACGAGACGGAAUGGGACGAACAACGCGAAGAUGAAAGGGCAGUGUUGGUGGGAGGUUCACGGGCAUUACAAGAUCCCAAUGGGCCUGCUAUGAGUGUUUUGAGCGUCAGACCGAGCGACGGCACGGACGAAGCCAACCUUCCGGUGCGCGAAAGAGGCAGUCGGGGAUGGAUGAAGGUGAGGGGACGCGACGGGGCAGAGUGAAGGGUAGUAGA